AUGGCCAAGAUCGGCUGCUUCUGCGCUCUGCUCGGCGGCAGCAGGAAGAAAUCGAAGGAUGCCAAGAAGGUGCCGUACGGCAAAAGGGCCAACGGACACGACUGGCAGAAGGUGAAACCGGUGGAGUCCAUGGACGGGACGGACGCCGCUCCUCCCGUCGUCUGCAAAGGCGGCAGCAUUGACAGCGCGCCGGCACGCGACACGAAAGUUGUCGCCGCUCAGACAGCCGUCGAGGUGGCAUGUCGAGGUCGUGACGGCGACAAGGCGUCGACGGCGAGGGUCGUACCGAACGUCGGCCUCAUCGGUGCAGCCACGGACUCGUCCGGCUGCAGCAGUGACGGCGGCGACAAGGACGCUAUCAGCGCCGCUGCCGCACCGGACGACGUGAUCAUGCCCGACGCCGUUGGUCGCACGCUGCCGAACACUCCACUGAGGCUGCAACGCUCGUGCUCCAACAUCGAGACGGCGAGGUCGGGCUGGAAGGCGCUCGACGACACGCUGGCGCCUGCCAAGUCACGCUCGCACGAGGACCUCGUGGCACUGCCCGCCGGCAGCCUGCUCGCCAGCCCUGAUGCCAACGGCGAGGCGGGCGGCGGGAGCCCGGCGUCGUCGGUGAGGUCGACGUGCAGCGCGGACCGCGUGAUGCUGCGGAGGCGGUCGUCGAGCCAGGUGCUCCCGUCGCGGAGCCGGAAGCCCUGGUGGAGCCUGUUCCUGUGGAGCCACCGCAACCUGCACCGCCCCAUGUCUUCAUCGCCGCGGCCGCCCGCAGACACAAACGACAACGACGACGGGCGCCGCUCCCACCAGCGGCACGACGGGUACACGUCCGACACGGUCGGGUCCAAGAAGAGCAAGGAGAUCGUCUCCCCCGCGGAGGACGAGCCAGCCCGGGCGAUCCCGAGCCAGUGGGUGGCGUUCUCGGCGGAAGCCUCGUCGUCGCUGGACCGUGUGAGCGCGUGGGUGAGCAGCUCGUUGAUCCACGCCGAGGAUGGUGAUGAUGACGGCAUCGUGGAGGUCGGGGAGUCGUCGGGGACGACGAAGUGGCACGCCCAGGCGGUGCCAGCGCGGCGGCGCAGCCCGGCGAACGAGGCCGCCGUCCAGGCGGCGAGCAGCGUCGUGAAGACGCUCAACGCGUUCUCGACGGUGGCGCACGUGUCCGGCAUGGGGCUCAAGGUCGUCCCCGUGAUCUCCGCCUUCUCCAGCCUCCGGGCGGUGAACCUCUCCGGCAACCUCAUCGCUCACAUCGCGGCUGGAUCGUUGCCCAGGGGCCUGCACGCGCUGGACCUGUCGAGGAACAACAUCGGCAGCAUCGAGGGCCUGCGGGAGCUGACGAGGCUGCGCGUGCUCAGCCUCAGCUACAACCGGAUCGCGCGCAUCGGCCAUGGGCUGUCGAGCUGCACGGCGAUCAGGGAGCUCUACCUAGCCGGGAACAAGAUCAGCGACGUGGAGGGGCUGCACCGCCUGCUGAAGCUGGCGGUCCUGGACGUGAGCUUCAACAGGAUCACCACGUCCAAGGGCCUCGGCCAGCUCGUCGCCAACUACAACUCCCUCCGGGCGCUCAACAUCCUUGGCAACCCCGUGCAGGCCAACGUCGGCGAGGAGACGCUCCGCAAGGCGGUGUCGGGCCUGCUGCCGCGGCUCGAGUACCUCAACAAGCAGGCCGUGAAGCCGCUGCGUGCAAGUGAGGCGGCCAAGGACAGCGUCGCCAAGGCGGCGCUCGGGAACAGCCGCUGGAGCUCGCGGAGGCGAGCGUCGUCGCGCCGGUCCAGCCUCAGCCCCGGGUCGUCAUCGAAGAGGGCUGGGAGCAGCAGCAGGAGCAGGUCCAAGAGCAGCAGCAGGGUUCAGAGCUCCAGCGUCACGAGGAGGUGAGACGAUCAGGCGCGCGGUAUAAACAGUGUUACAUUGACACUGGACUUGGAGGGCGCUGAGAUUCAGAGAAAUGGCGUGUGCUGAAAAAUGCAAUCCUGCCAUAUCAGACAGGCACUUGCAAAGGAAAUCAAGCGAUUCCUGAUGAACCCGAAAUGAUUCAGGAAAGAAGAGGCAUGCAAUCAGUAGUCAGGAGGUACAUGCAUCUGAGGGUUGCGAGAUUUGUUAAUAAGGCAAUGCUGUGAUAUCGACAGUGUACUUGAGAAGGAAGUGCAAUUCAGGUGAUUCCUGAUGAAACCAAAAUGAUUCAGGAAAGAAGAGGCGUGCAAUCAGUAGUCAGGACUCAGGACCUAGGUACAUGCAUCCGAGGGUUGCGAGAUUGUAGUAGUCUAGUGUAGUGUAUUGCGGUUUGGGGGCAAAACUCAAUACGAGGCUUUGGCUUGUUUGA